AACAACAAUGUUUGGAACGCUAACAUGUAUUUUUUUAUUUCAGAUUCUUCCAAUUCCAACAUCAUUCCACCGAAUUGACACCACAUCGACCCCUUUGUCAGGGACUUCUCUCUCUAAUAAUUCAAUUCUUCCAAUUCCACUAUCAACGAACCAAAUAGACACAUCAACCUCUUCAUCAGGAACUUCUCUCUCUAAUAAUACAAUUCUUCCAAUUCCACUAUCAACGCACCAAAUAGACACCACAUCAACCUCUUCAUCAGGGACUUCUCUCUCUAAUAAUACAAUUCUUCCAAUUCCACCAUCAACGCAUCAAAUAGACACCAUAUCAACCUCUUCGUCAGGAACUACUCUCUCUAAUCAUACAAUUCUUCCAAUUCCACUAUCAACGCACCAAAUAGACACCACAUCAACCUCUUCGUCAGGAACUACUCUCUCUAAUCAUACAAUUCUUCCAAUUGCAACAUCAUUCCAUCGAAUAGACACCACAUCAACCCCUUCGUCAGGGACUUCUCUCUCUAAUAAUUCAAUUCUUCCAAUUCCACCAACGCACGGAAUAGACACUACAUCGACCUCUUCAUCAGGGACCAUUUCAAGUAUUCAUGCUCCGGAGAAACUUCAUAAGUUCAUGCGACAGUGCAAAACAGUGUGA